AUGAAACCGCAACCCAAAAAAUCUGACCAUGGGAAUUUGAAAGCCAAUCAAUAAUAAGUUGACGUUGAGGAUCCUCAAGAUAAGUCGGCCAUUGAAAUACUAUCUCAUGAGACUUAAAUGAGGAAGAGAGAGAAAUUGUCUCCAAUCAUACGAUCCAAUUCAGGACACUAGGAAUAAUUGAUUUAGCAAUACAAUAAUCCUCAAUCAUUUGUUACUCCAAAAAAUGAAACGAUUACAGAAAGAUUGUAAACAUUUGGACAUGUUGAUUUACUAAAAUAAUCAAAAUCAUUCAGAAAACUUAUAGUUUAUUUCCAUCAGAAGGAUUUUAUCAAAAUGUUAUUGAAUCCAUUCAAAUUAACAUCCAGUUUUACUUUAAGACAUUUCAAUUUGAUAAAUGAUUUAAGCUCUUCGUAUAAAUUUUAAGUAGGAAGAAGUCAAGAAACUCAAAAGAGUUUAAUUCAUCAAUAUAUUUCACUUAUUGAUAUUAGAAUUUAAUUAAGAUUGAAAUUUAGAACAAUAAAGACAAAAUGUAAGUAGUAUCUAACUCAUAUACAUAACCAGAUUCCAUUAAUUGAACCAAUGAGCAAUACUAAGUUUUUUUGGGAUCUAAUUUGCUUUGCAAUACGAAUAUAUCUAAUAAUCGUGGUUCCAGUUAUUAUAGUUUUUCAUGGAUAAGAUUUUAAUGCAAAAUAAUUGGGACCCUUGGUGCUAUUCUCAAUUGCAUUGAUUUUUGAUAUUGUAAUUAGAGCAUUUACGAUCACAUAUGAUUAAGGAUUACCUGUGAGGGAUAGGUACUUACUAUUUAAAAAAUAAUUAAAUUUUUCUACUGUCUUAGAAUUGUUCAGUUUUAUUUAUACCAUAGUAAUUACCAUCCAAGAGGAUAAGAUAAUAGAUAAAUACAUAUUGGGAGAGGGUUGGGCCAAAUUCAUCUUGUGUUUAUUGUAUAUUUAGGUAAUCAAUAUAUUAAAAUUUAUUGAUGUAUCCUAAUAUUCCCUCAAAUUAAAUCGAAUGUAAACCUCGAUUGUUGAUCUAAUCAAAUUAGUUGCGAUGAUUUUAUUAGUAUAACAUAUAUUCAGUUGUGUUUGGAUUGUCUUUGGAGUAUAUUCAGUACAAAAUCAAGAGGAUUCUUGGCUAAAUAAAUACGAGAGUGAUGAAUGGUCAUAUCAAUUUUUGUAGUCGUUUUAUUUCAUAUGUGUAACUACAUUUACAGUUGGAUAUGGUGAUUUAACUCCAAAAAGUAAAAUAUUGUUAUAUAUAAUUUAGAUCCUCCUGAAUAGAUAUUCACUAUAAUUUACAUGUUCUUCUGCAUGCUGUUAUUCUCGUACACAGUUAAUACCAUCGGAAGUAUCUUAACCCAAAUAAAGGAGAGCAGUGAAAAAAUCAAGUCGAAACUAACAGCAAUAAAUUAGUAUAUGCACAAUAAAUCUAUAAGUCCGACCUUAUAAUUUAAGUAAUUAUUUGAAUGAUAUUCAUUAGAGUGAGAGAAUAACUAUACUUCUACUUAAAAUAAGAAAUCAUUUAAUAAGUCAAUGAGCAAUCUGAGAUAAUCUAAUUGCUUCCUGAAGAUCUACAACACAGUCUUAGAAUAGAAGCAGCCAAAUCUCUACUUAAUAAAUGCUCCUUUUUCAGCGAUAAUUUCUCAAAGGACAUUCUCAAUUAGUUGCUUGAGGAAGUGAACUUUCAAAUGUAUCAGCCAGGAGCAAUCAUCCACUCAAAAGAAGAGUUUUACAUUCAUAUCAUAGAAUAGGGAUAAGUCGAUGUGAUGUACAAGAAGGUAUCAAUAAUUAACAUAUCUAAAAUAGAAAAUAAUUCAAACAUUAGAAAAGUAUGACUACUUUGGCCUGGAAGAGUUUAUUAGCUAAUAAGCAAAUCCAAAUAUUACUUUUAAAAGUACUGCAUUCACCAGUGUGCUUUCAAUUCCUUAUUCUUACUUUCAUAAGAUUUUAUCUCAAAAUGAUCUUGAAAACUAAAAAUUUCACAAUCUCUUAACUUAAUCUUCUUGUCUAGAGAAUUUCUGUUUUAUUUGUAAAACCAAAUCUCAUAAAACUUAAUUAUGUCCUAUGGUGCAUUAUAUUCCUAAUAAAGAAGUUGUAAUCAAAAAGUAUCUAUACAGAAGGAAAUAAAAAAAGAGAGUUCCACAGGAGAGGAAAUUAAGAACGGUGUUUGUAAAUUAAAUAGAUGAAAAUGAAGAAAAUAAAUUAAAAUAGAUUAAGUUCCUAAAUCCCAAAACUAAUUAAAAGAUGGUUGAAGAUACAGUGAUUAAAUUUAAAAACGAAAAUCAAUUCUAUUUAGAAUCCUUAUUUCCUAAUAUUGAGCAACCGCUUAGUAUAGAUAGUUAAAGUGAAUCUGAGAAUGAAAAUCCAGAUGAAUUAAAAGACCAAAGCUUUUCAGAACAGAAUCAUAAUUCGAGGAGAGGAAGCAAAUAAGUUCCACAUCUAUCAUCUAAAAAUUUAAUUAAAUAUGAUGUACUUGAAAAAAUGAGAAAAGAUAGAUUAAGUAAACACUUCUAAUAAUAAUCACCUCUUUUAAUGGUAUCUCAAUAUGGCUAAAUGAGUCCAGCCCCAUAAAUUAUAUCGAAAUACAAUAUAAAGAAAAUUCUUUAGGCUAAAUCUCUAGAUGAUGAAUAAUUGCAAUUAAUAGAGGAAAUUAAUUUCUUCGAUGAAUUGAGAAAUAAAAUGAAUAAUUUAUUACUCUUCCCAAAUAAGGAGUAAGAAUAGAUUGAAUUUUGGUAUAAGAAACUUUCUAAUCUUAAAGAAGAAAUUGAGGAUAUGGCUAAUUUUGAAUAAUUGAAAAAUUACGAGAUUUUUAAUAGACAAUGGAAUGUUGAUUUGGUCGUCAAAAAAACAAGUGCAAAACCAAGAAAGUUCAGAGGAUUAAAAAAACUUAAACGGUACCUUUUAUUCCCUUUUAUGUUCAUUAAUAAGUACCUUGAUCGAAAAGAUCAAAUUGAUCCUUGUAAAACGUAGGAGAAAUCUAAAAGAAAAAGUAAUAAUUAUCCCUAAUUUUAGGACCUUUAAAACCUAAAGCCAUUAAAAAAAAUCGUGUAACUCCGAAAUCAUGA